CUGAGGUUAGGUUUACAGGGAGCUCUUUCGCUUGAUGCAAAACCCAAAACCAGAAACCUCCAUAGUUACGUCUCGACUUCAUAUGAAUGGGAAAUGAAAAACUUUUCCUCAGCAUUCAACCUUCCACUGCAACAACAAGAGGUCCAAAAACAAGAAAGAGAAGACAAAGGAAAAAGAAACAUAGAAGACGAUAAACCAACAGCUGAAACAGAAGAGCCACAAGAAAAAGAAAAAGCGAAAAGUGAAUGGGAUUUUCAUCUCUGCACCAUUGUUUCUUCAAACACCACAGCAGCAGUAUCAGACUUCCUCGGCGUCGUCGAAUUCGACCCCUCUGAUUCCGUUGUCGCCACCGGAGGAAUCGCAAGAAAGAUUAGACUUUAUAAUAUAAAAUCUCUCUUGCCGGAGGAAAAUAAUUUCCAAGAAGUUAAAAUUUUGGACCAUUCGAAUGCAUCUGAGUAUUAUAUUUGUACACCAGCUAAACUCGGCAGCCUGCGGUGGAAACCCGGGUCAAGCGGACGGGUCUUGGGGUCCGGAGACUACGAUGGAGUCGUCAUGGAGUAUGACCUAGAGAGAAAAGUCCCAAUUUUCGAACGCGACGAGCAUGGCGGAAGACGGGUUAGGAGCGUGGACUAUACUCAAUGGGAUCCGGUUUUAGGAGCCUCCGGAUCCGACGAUGGCACAAUGCAAAUGUGGGACCCACGUUGCGACGGCGGAAAAUGUAUAGGCAAAGUGCAACCCAGUGUAGAAAAAAGGCCGGUUUGCAGCGUUGAGUUUCAUCCGCUUGGCGGAGCAUUGGUGGCCGUCGGAUGCGUGGACAAGCAAGCUUAUUUGUACGAUAUCCGCAACAUGGCGGCGCCGGUGGUCAUUUUUUCCGGGCACAGAAGAGCGGUGACAUACGUUCGGUUUAUGGAUGGAAGUACAGUCGUAUCAGCAGGUACAGAUGGAUGUUUAAAGCUGUGGGAUAUAAAUGAUUCGAGAAUAAUUAAAAGCUAUAGAGGACAUGUGAACAAGAGGAGUUUUGUUGGGUUAUCAGUGUGGAGGAGUGGAGGAUUAUUGGGUUGUGGCUCAGAGACGAAUCAAGUGUUUGUGUAUGACAGGAGGUGGGGCGAACCCAUUUGGGCGCAUGGCUUCAAGCCAGGGGGUGCUGGUGGAGCCGAGAGUGGGUUCGUGAGCAGUGUGUGUUGGAGACAAGUGGGUGAAGAGGAGUGCACGCUUGUUGCAGGAGGGUCAAACGGGGCUCUGCAAGUUUUUAUGGGCAAAAAGAAGGCAUCUUCAUCUUCAUCAUAAUAGAAUUUGCACUUUUUUAGAGCAAACGGUAAGGUCAUUUAUGCCUGCAAAGUAGUUUGAGUUCCAAACACAAGAGAGCAAAGGUUGAAUUAUUUCUUUAUGAUUAAACUGUUAAUGUAUAUGGUGCAGUUGUUAAACUCUUGAGUUACAAUUUCUUUAUAAACUCUCUUUAUUUUUAUUUAUA